CAGUGUCACCUGACAGAAAGUCAGGAAUCAUGACAGCGCUCGCUGGAGGUUUACCGAGAAUGAUGAGACCAACUCCUCACCAGAACUACCCGCGGGGUGGAUACUCUCUGGAAGUCUCCACUCCGUUAGGACAGGGUCGGGUUAACCAGCUCGGUGGUGUCUUCAUAAACGGCAGACCUCUCCCCAACCACAUCCGCCAUAAAAUCGUGGAGAUGGCCCAUCACGGUAUCCGGCCGUGUGUCAUCUCCCGGCAGCUGCGGGUGUCCCACGGCUGCGUCUCCAAAAUCCUCUGCCGGUACCAGGAGACAGGCUCCAUCAGGCCGGGGGCCAUCGGAGGCAGCAAGCCAAAGCAAACCGCUACUCCAGAGGUGGACAAGAAAAUCGAGGAGUACAAGACAGAAAACCCGAGCAUGUUCAGCUGGGAAAUCAGGGACAAGUUACUGAAAGAUGGGAUCUGCGACAGGAACAACGUCCCCUCAGUGAGCGCCAUCAGUCGCAUCAUGCGCUCGAAGUUCGGCGGACCUGGUGAGGAUGAAGAAGAUGAUGAUGAAGUGGUGAAGAGGGAGAUGGAGGAAAACGAACCGCGGACAAAACACAGCAUCGAUGGCAUUCUGGGAGACAGAUCCAGUCACUCAGACGAGGGCUCCGACGUGGACUCGGAGCCAGGCCUGCCGCUGAAGAGGAAGCAGCGCCGUAGUCGGACCACCUUCACAGCGGAGCAGCUGGAAGAGCUGGAGAGGGCCUUCGAACGCACACACUACCCUGACAUCUACACGCGAGAGGAGCUGGCUCAGCGGGCCAAACUGACAGAGGCUCGAGUUCAGGUGUGGUUCAGCAACAGAAGAGCCCGGUGGAGGAAGCAAGCCGGAGCCAAUCAGCUGAUGGCUUUUAACCACCUCAUCCCCGGUGGUUUCCCUCCAUCAGCUAUGUCGGGCCUGCAGCCCUACCAGCUGUCCGACAGUCCCUACCCUCCCACUUCCAUAGCCCAAGCGUCCGAGCAGCCCAGUACAGUCCACCGACCGCAGCCGCUGCCCCCAACCUCCGUGCACCAGAGUGGGCUCAGCUCAUCAGCAGGCUCCCAGGAUGGAAGCUCCGCGUAUUGCCUAUCCUCUGGACGUCAUGGUUUCUCAGGAUACUCGGACAGCUUUGUGGCCCAGACAGCACACACCAACGCUGUCAACCCCGCCAUCAGCAACAGCCUCUCACCGCAGGUGAUGGGCCUAUUGAACCCAGGUGGAGUGCCACAUCAGUCCCAGAGUGACUUUGCCCUCUCUCCGCUGACUGGAGGCUUAGAGCCUAACGGAGGCAUGGCUGCCAGCUGUCACGGUUCCCAACGCCUGGAGGCUCUACCAGGCCUGCCCACUAUGCCCACCCUGCCUAGCACCCAAUCUUACUGCCCACCUUCCUACACCUCCCAAGCCUACGCCGUGGACCACCAUCCGUCCUACCAGUAUGGACAGUACAGUCAGAGCAAGGUGCCUUUCAUUAUAUGAAGCCCCCAACAUGGCCUGAGCAGGAGGCUUCCCCCG